AUGACCAGUCUGAGGCGAAGAUAUUGGAUAGUUGGACUAAUCGGUAUUUGUUCGUCACCGGUACGGAUGGUCCAAUUCGGUCUACAAAAUACGUUGUUUUUGGGACAAAUAUUUUUACUUUCCGAAGAUGUACUCUAUUAUAUAGAGCCCCACUAUAUAUUGGCGUCGAGAUCAACAAACAUAUUAUGGACUAUGGAAUCAUUGGUUUUGCAGGCUUGGGAAGGUGGCGUCAUCGCUGCGUUUAUUGCUUGGGGUAUACAGACAGGACAGCAACAGAUGUUUUACGCGGUAACUAUUUGA